CAUCAUGGGAAAGUUAGGUUUACGCGUUCCGUCAUGCUGAGCACAACCUGAGGGCCUCUGGCCGCGCUCAUCCUCAUUCUCCACUGUUCCAUACAUUCACCCCAGUCGCUCAUUUUCCCCAACCGCGCCAUCAUGGUCCGUCCAAGCAAGCAACAAAAGCUUGGGCAGCUUUGGUGGGGAGCUCGUCGAUCCUUGCACACUAGGCGCGUUCUGCCCACCAGAGCCACUGCUUUGCACCUAGGCACGCGAUACGGUCCUCCAGUUUUCGUCGCAGCCGCGACCGCCGGUUACCUGUCGUCCUCGUCGUCGCCAUGCGCAUUCCUACGCCCCACUCAACUUGACGCGCCGCAAGCUUCAUGGUCCAUCCUCGGCCGGCGCGAAGCAUCAACCCAGGCGAAGGAUACAUCGGACGGUAGCAAUGGCACGGAAUCUAGCGAGCACCGCAGCGGUGAACAAGCUCCCCCACCACAGUCACGCGUUGUCAAAAAAGAAGAGGGCGAGGCAUCCACAACCGAGGAGGACAAAGUGUCUGCAUGGCAGGCUAUAACGCGGAAGCUUUCCGAGGCGCCAAAGUCUGUGACCUCGUUGGGUGACACCAUCGUGGACUACGUGGUACCGGAGUGGGCCAAGGUUCUCCCGGGUUUCGUGAGGAAGUUGCAAAAUGAGCUUUCUAUGGCACCGGGUUCCCUAGCUGAAGAGAUUUGGUACGAGGCAAACGACCCCGAGACCCAUCCUGAGAUUGUCUGGGAUGCAUCCGUUCGCGUCUCGAAUGAGCUGUGCGCAGAAGAGAAGAAAUUCCUGGAAAAGCGAGGACAGUUUACGAAAAGAGCUCUGGCACGCUAUCUGGAUAUCCCCGAGGCCAAAAUACAUCCUGAUGACGUUCCCAUCAUUGCUGUGUGCGGGUCCGGUGGUGGUCUCCGGGCGCUCGUAGCAGGGACAGCUUCCUACCUUUCCGCCCAGGAGGAAGGGCUCUUCGACUGUGUUACAUACACUGCAGGUGUGAGCGGGAGCUGCUGGCUGCAGACGCUCUACUACUCUAAUAUUGCGCAACGAAGCCACUCUCGAUUGAUUCGGCAUCUCAAGAAUCGGCUAGGUGUGCACAUUGCCUACCCUCCCGACGCACUUGAUCUCGUUGCGAGCGCUCCUACGAACAAGUAUCUACUCGGCGGGCUUGUAGAAAAAGCGAAAGGAACCCCGAGUGCAGAGUUCGGUAUCGUCGACAUCUACGGCGUGCUUUUAGCUGCACGAUUGCUAGUACCAAAGGGCGAAUUGUCCGUGGACGGUCACGACUUCAAGCUCUCGUACCAGCGCAGGUACACUGACGAUGGCUCUCACCCGCUUCCAAUCUAUACGGCCGUUCGACACGAGAUACCCCUAGCCGAGCAGCAAGACACUAAGGACCCAAUCGCUGCCGAAGCAAAGGCGCGAAGAGAGUCCUGGUUCCAAUGGUUUGAGUUCACACCCUACGAGUUUUGGUGCGAAGAACUAGAGGCCGGCAUUCCUACUUGGGCAGUUGGUCGCAAAUUCGAGAAUGGACGAUCGGUUUGGCGAAACAACGGCCUGGCUUUGCCCGAAGUCCGUGUACCAUUGUUGAUGGGCAUCUGGGGUAGCGCGUUUUGCGCGACUCUUUCGCACUACUACAAAGAGAUUCGACCCGUUUUCUCGGGUAUUACCGGAUUCACUGGGUUGGACGCCAUGAUAGCGGAGAGAGAUAGAGACCUGGUCAAAGUUCAUCCUAUCGAUCCGGCCGCAAUUCCCAACUUCGCGCUGGGUAUGCGAGAAUAUCUGCCCCCAACCUGUCCAGAAAGCAUACACUCAACCGAGAACUUCCAGCUCAUGGACGCCGGUAUGAGCAACAAUCUGCCGAUAUAUCCCUUGCUACGGCCUGGCAGGGACGUGGAUGUUUUGAUAGCAUUCGAUGCGAGCUCCGAUGUGCGUACGGACAACUGGUUGAAAGUGACUGAAGGAUACGCCAAGCAGCGCGGAAUCAAAGGCUGGCCUGUAGGAGCAGGCUGGCCUCCAGAAGAUGAGUCAGCAGAAGAGCUGCAAAAAGACCUCGAUAGUGCGCAAGCGCGUACGGAAGAACAGGCGCAAGAGAAAAUGCGCGAAGCCAAAGAACAUGACAAACCCAAGCAGCCAAGUGGAAAAAGCAAGGAUCUCGGCUUCUGCAACGUCUGGGUUGGCACCACGGAAGAGCGCACAGCGGACCGGGAAAACUUCAGCUCUAAACAAGCCGAAGAAGACUGGGAAAUCACGAGACCCGAUGCUGGUAUCACGGUCGUCUACUUUCCAUUUUUGAAGAACCCCAAGGUUUCCGACAUUGACCCAACGACUUCAGACUUUAUGAGCACAUGGAACUUUGUGUAUACGCCCGAGCAGGUGGAUUCUGUCGUGGAACUGGCCAGAGCCAAUUUCCAAGAGGGCGCGGAGCGAACAAAGCGCACUGUGCGGGCGGUUUAUGAGCGCAAGAAGAAGAGGCGGGAGGAACGAGAAGCUGAGGAGCUUGAGAGGCGGAGAAGGUGGAAGUUGAGGGAAGGCCGGUCGGGUGGGAGAAGAGUUGGCGAGAGCGAUCAUGGAGAUCACUUCAGCUAGCACGAGGUUGAAGUUACCGCGUCGAUGGUUUGAGAUCUUGACCAUUGGACGCGGUGUUACCAGGCAAAAAGUUGAUACUGCGCAUUAUACCCCCAAUCAUAUUCUGUAC